CUUUCUAAUGAUCCUCUUUGUGAUAAAAUUGAUAUCGAAGACUUGGGAGAAGAUGAAGAUCUGAUAUAUUUGAAGUUCUUCCAACAUUUUCACUGUUAUGAUAUUAUUCCUAUUAGUGCCAAGUUGGUUGUCUUUGAUACGCAAUUGCUGGUAAAAAAAGCCUUUUUUGCCCUUGUUCACAAUGGAGUCCGAGCUGCACCUCUGUGGGACAGUAGUCAGCAGGAAUUUGUGGGUAUUUUAACCAUUACAGACUUUAUCCACAUUCUCAGGACUUACUACAAGUCACCUUUGGUAAGGAUGGAGGAAUUAGAAGAACACAAACUAGAGACAUGGAGAGAUGUUCUGAAAGAGAAGAUAAAACCAUUUGUCAGUAUUGAGCCUGAUGCAAGGUAG